UGGAAUGUGUGCUCCAGAGACUUCACUUUCUUCCCCAAAGAGAAGAUUUUAUUUCAAAUAAAGCUGUUUACUUGGCACCUCUGGGCAACCCUUUUUGGAAGAGCCACAGCCAUGGGUGGCUUUGGAGUCUCACCUCGAAGGCACAAGUUCAUCCUGCUCGUGCUGUUUCUUUUGCACAUUCCGAGUCUGGGUCUGGACAUGGAAAGUCAUCCUACCACUGAAGUCUGUGCCACACACACCAUUUCACCAGGACCCAAAGGAGACGAUGGUGAAAAAGGAGAUCCAGGAGAGGAGGGAAAGCUUGGCAAAGUGGGACGCAUGGGGCCAAAAGGAAUUAAGGGAGAACUGGGUGAUAUGGGAGACCAAGGCAACAUUGGCAAGACUGGGCCCAUUGGCAAGAAGGGUGACAAAGGGGAAAAGGGUUUGCCUGGGAUUCCUGGAGGAAAAGGCAAAGCAGGUACUGUCUGUGAUUGUGGAAGGUACCGGAAAGUUGUUGGGCAACUGGACAUUAGUGUUGCUCGCCUCAAGACAUCUAUGAAGUUCGUCAAGAAUGUCAUAGCAGGGAUUAGGGAAACGGAGGAGAAAUUCUACUACAUCGUGCAGGAAGAGAAGAGCUACAGGGAAUCCCUGACCCACUGCCGGAUCCGGGGCGGCAUGCUAGCCAUGCCCAAGGAUGAAGCUGCCAACACACUCAUCGCGGACUACGUAGCCAAGAGUGGCUUCUUCCGGGUCUUCAUCGGGGUGAAUGACCUUGAGAGGGAGGGACAGUAUGUGUUCACGGACAACACGCCACUGCAGAACUACAGCAACUGGAAGGAGGGGGAGCCCAGCGACCCCUAUGGUCAUGAGGACUGUGUGGAAAUGCUGAGCUCAGGCAGGUGGAAUGACACGGAGUGCCAUCUCACCAUGUACUUUGUCUGUGAGUUUGUCAAGAAGAAAAAGUAGCUUCUCUCAUGCUACACAUUGGUUAUUCCCUGUGACUACCAUUGCUGUUCUUUUUAUCUAUCCUUUUCUCCCCAGUUAUGCUAAAUUUGUUCUGACUCAGGACAAGUGGGAAAUGCUAAACUGAGGUUUGGAAUCUCCAUCGCCCUGUUCUUUGGUGACAGUUUUAAAGAUUUGCAUAUAUAGUAUAGUAUUGAGCCAACAGCUUACAUGGAUCUCAAGAGAGAGUUUGAAUUGUUAGUUGUGUGGGACAUGGUUGUUUAUGCCUCAGAUAAAAUGUUCUCUUGGCAUUUGCUCUGUCCCCUCUCCCUAGAGCCCUAAUCGUUCUCUACCUGGCCCAGAAGAUAAUUGGGACAGUUGGUUGGUAAAGACUAGGAUAAUCUGUCAUUCCCAAAGUCAGACAUGUGGGAGGGUCUUAUGUUUUCUAGAAAUGCCAAGAUAUUAUUCAUCUUGGAAUCCAAGAUCCCUAGUUCUUUGAUCAGUCAUCACCAUAGCCAUCCUCAUACUUACAAGUCCCUCUUGUUCACACAAACAUAGGAACACUUCACCCCCAACCUCUAGAUGAGGAAUUUCUGGGCCAGUGACCUGUUCCAGGCCAUAUGGAAACACACAGAAUCUUUUUGUGCUUCUGACCUAUAAUUUUCAGUGAAGAGUAUCAGGUAGCUGCCCUGGCUCCCUUCCUUUAGGCCUACAACUUAAUCCCAGACCCCCGGAUGAUUAACUCUCUGACUUGAGGAAAAGGGACCUUUAUAAAUUAAAAAGAAAAAAAGAAGAAGAGUGUUUGUUCCCAAACAAUAUGAUUUCUAAUCCUCCUGCUAAAUUGCCCCUUGCUACUAAUAUGGCUCCAUUUUUCCUUGUCUUAGGUUGACUCAUAUCAACUUUCCUUCCUUAGUCAUGGGGAAUGAUGGAUGGGGUUUCUGAAGCCUUUGGAAAACUCUAGAAGCUUCCAAGUGCUACCAACAUCAAGUCUCUAAUCCCCCUCCUCCCUAUAUCUAAUUUAUCACUUGGGGCAACGUUUUGUGGAAGGCCCUUUACUGCCAUAACUGCGUGUUGUAAAAUCCCAGAGCAGAGAUGCCCUUUCUAGUACUCUGAUAUCACAGGAAUGUCAGGCCUGGAGUUUGGAACAUGCCUAGGACUCACAUUUACUGAGCUGAUGAAGUUCUACUUUGAACUACAGAUCAAACUUCGAAGCAGCUUUCAUUUUGGAAUCUAAAAAUAAACAGUUCAACAAAACUCUAGAUUAUCCCCUUUUACAUUGCUGCUCCAGUUAUAGUUUGUGAUAUAUGAUCAGACUCUUUAAAAUGCUGGCAAAAUGGUUAAUGAACUUAGAGAAACAGAUCAACAACAUAUGUUCACCUUAAACCAUAUGUUCAUGAUUUCACCCAUGACUAACUGGUUAUGAGAUAGGAUUUAAUUAGGAUAUUUCUGUGGAUUUAACAAGGGUCACAAACUCAGGUAUUACAAGGGCCAUACAGAUGACAUAAAUAAAUGAGGUGGAACAGGUGGAAUCCUGGUACACUGAAAACAGCUUGCCCAUCUAAAGGAACCAGCUGUUUCUCGGUGGCUGCUAUUUUUGCCAUGGAGGACCCAAUGUCACUACAUGUUCUGAUAUUUCAAGAGAAAUCAGAGAUCUGGAAUUUAACUUUAUAUUUUUCAAAGUUGGCAUGUAGUCAAUUUUUAACCCAAAUGUUAAGCUAUACAAAACAGUCUGCUAGCCAAAAUCAUGACCUUUCCAUUUCUCACCUCUUGGGGAAAGUUCCAAAGAUUCUAACCAUAUUCAAUGUCAUUAGGAUACAGUGACAUCAAAGUUAAGAUCUCCCAUUGAUACCUCAUUCAGUUCAGCUCAAUCACAGGAAUUUCUUCAGUGUUUUCCACUCAUCAAGUUAAUAAACUAGUUACUUAUUCAGGCUUUGAGACUGUGACAUAUGAUAUUUUGAAGGCAGGCAGCUUAAUAAAAAUCACAAAGAGAACACCAUAUCAAAACCAAUAUCUUUGGGUCAAAUGUCAGCCAAGAACAUGAGGCACAAGACUCUAGAAACACUUGGAGGAAAAGAAAGGGGAAAAAGAGAGAGAUAAUUUACCAAAA